CUCGACAGAGCCGGUCCACACAUACCACAGCACAGGAUGGCGACGGCACGACGACCAGAGAAGCCCUCGGCGGUACCAGCGAACCCGAUUCCCUCUUCAUCGCCAGCAUUCGGCACACCCGUCCACCCCAUUCAUCCGCGCAGAACAGCGCCCAUACGCGCCCCGCCUGCACUUGCCCCAAAGUCCAAGUCCACCGUGCUGCCCAUACUGCUGCCCCCCGCAACACUGCGGCCGCUCGCCUUUCGCACCUUCACCAAGAAGCACAACCUCACCCUCACGUCCGCGGCUCUCCAGGCACUGGCGACCUUCAUUGGGAAGCACUGCGGCUCCGGAUGGCGCGAAGAGGGUCUCGCCGAGAAAGUGCUCGAGGAAGUCGCAAAGAGCUGGAAGAAAUGCGGCGGCCAGGUCAUUGUUGAGGGCGACAGGGAUGUUUUCAAGGGCAUACUGCGUGCAUUGGAAGGAGCUAUGGAGGGGGGCAGAGUCAGCCAAGGCUCUAGUCUGGGCAAACAGAGCAGCUUCAGCGCUGGCCCGGAGCAGAAUGCGCUGCCAACUCGACCGGCGCUGGACGCCGCCUCGGGUUUUGGCGCGUCAAGUCUGGAGGUGCAAGACAAGGACCAGGACGACGAGGAGGGGCUGCUCAAGGACCCCCGGGAGUGGAUCAGGGUCAUUGGAGCGUUCGAGCAGCCGAAGCAGAUAUACAAUGUGUCGCAAAGACACUUUGAGAAAUCUGCUUCCAAGCCAUCCCUGUUUCCCAGUCCCUCGCACAAGACUGAGCUCUUCCGACAACGCUAUCACAUCGUACACCAGCGGAUUCUACGCAACGAGACCUUCCAAACACCCACCUUCAGCACCGCUCGAUCCGCGACACGGGACAGGACCGGCUCCAUCGCUACCUCACAGACAAACGCCAUAACACCCAUCGCCAAUCUGCUAGGCCGGACGGGGAGCACGCAUCUGCUCCUAGGCAUGCUCGUAGUCGCGCCAACAGGCGCACUGUCACUCUCAGAUCUCACGGGAACAAUAGCACUGGACAUGCAACAUGCACGACCCAUACCAGAAAACGGCGCAUACUUCGCGCCCGGCAUGAUCGUUCUCGUCGACGGAAGCUACGAAGACGACCACGGCGCCAGCUCAUCCAACCUCGGAGGCACAGGAGGCAUAGGCGGCACAAUCGGGGGCAGAUUCCUCGCCUUCUCCAUCGGCCACCCCCCGUGCGAGCGACGAACAGCAACCCUCGGCGGCACCGGCGACCUCGACAAAAGCAGCCUCCAAGGCCCAGCAUUCGGCUGGACAGACUUCCUCGGCGUCGGCUCCCAACGUGCAACAGGCUCGCGUAUGGCCCGCAUAGCAGCCAACCUCCUCACCUCCACCGCGCCACACAACAUCGUCAUCGCGUCAGACCUGCACCUCGACACGCCAUCCACGCUCACCGCGCUCCGCACUCUCCUCCGCACAUACUCCCCGUCCGCUGCAACCCCCAACCCCGUCUACCCCCUCGCCAUAAUCCUUAUGGGCAACUUCUCCUCCAAAGCCACACUCGCCGGCGUCCCGGGCGCGGGGAGUAUAGAAUACAAAGAGCACUUCGACGCCCUCGCCUCCGUGUUGUCCGAGUUCCAGCCCUUGAUCGCGCACACGAGCCUCGUCUUCGUGCCGGGCGACAACGACGCCUGGCCCAGUGCGUUCUCUGCGGGCGCCGCGGCACCGUUACCGCGCAAACCGGUGCCGAGUCUGUUCACGAACAGGAUUCGCCGCGUGGUCGCCGAGGCGAAUCGGGAGGUUUGGGGCAGCGGGAGGGCGAGGGGGAAGGAGGGGGAGGUGGUUUGGACCUCCAACCCCAGCCGGUUGAGCUGGUUUGGGGUGAAGGGCGAGAUGGCGAUUCUGCGCGACGACCUGGCUGGCCGUUUACAUCGGACUUCGAUUCGCUUCCCGAAACCGCAACCUGGAGAGGACGACGACGAGAUGCCCUUUGCUCCGAUACACGACGUGAACGAGGCUAUGGACAUCGACCUCCCGCCGCCUCAGGCCGUGCAGCCCCAUCCUGAACCGCCUGUAGAUACGGACACGCAGACUGCGAGGGCGCUUACACGGACUAUCCUCUCACAGAGCCAUCUGAGUCCCUUCCCACUGUCAGCGAGGCCGCUGCACUGGGACCUGGCGCAUAGUUUGGGCUUGUAUCCGCUGCCGACCAGUCUCGUGCUGGCAGAUGCCGAGGCCCCGGCGUUUGUGGUCAAGUACUGCGGAUGUACGGUCAUGAAUCCCGGUCCUGUUGACGUUAGCAGAGGGACCAAGGGGAGAGAGGGGAGGAGUAGAUGGGUGGAGUUUGAUGUCAGGACGAAUUCGGGCGUGGUCAGGAAUGAGGGUUGAGCGUUGUACACACCAUGUACGAUUCUUUGGUGGUUGUUGGUCAAAGCAUUUGAUGAUAGGGCCGUCAUGCGCAGAUGGAACGUAGCCCAGAUUGAUUGUGUCUACAACACACAAACACC